CCCCAUCCCCCCAUCCCAUUCUCGUCGUGUGCGCGAGAAACGAGUUCCUAUCUACCGCACGGCACGGCGUAGCAUUUUCAAGAAAUACUGUGUUUGUCCUCUCCCGGACCGUCGCCUCGUAAUAAUAGCUUGGGUAAUCGAGGAAACUUUGUUCGGUGUUCAGGUACCUAACUACCUAACCCUAAGAAGACUAACAUGUCAAAGAGAUCAGCCACAACCGAAUUAAAUCAUGACAACUGGUGCGAUGAAGAAGAGCCAGAAAGCGCUGGAGUGUUCAAGAAAGCUUCGGUCGCGGAUCUGAAAAACAGGCAGUUCCGCACCGCUAGACGCAGAGGUGCCGGAUCUGGAGGUGACUCUACGGGAGAUUCAGGGAAUGGUGAGAAGAGUGUCUUUGCGGGCUUCAGUGGGUUUCAGAGAACUGAGCCUGCGGCACCUAAAGCUUUGUUUAGUUUCUUAUCUGCUACCCCUAAUGGUAAUAACACACAGUCUGACAUCGCAACUUCAACAAGCUCUUCAAGUGCUUCGAAGCCAUCAUUUCCAACCACAGAUGUCAAUGAAAAGAAAUCCAUGAAUGGGGUUGAUAGCGCUUCAGAUGUGUCUGGAAAGUCAAGUGACAAAGAGUAUCACCGAAGAUUAAAAGGCCUCAACGAAAGUGUUUCGAAAUGGAUUAGCACUCAUGUGGCCAGCAACCCCUUGAUCAUUCUUACUCCAGUGUUUAGAGAUUAUGAAAAGCAUCUUGCUAACAUCCAGAACAGAGAUGACUGCAAACCUAGUGAAAGCACACCUAGCUCAGAAGUGGAUAACCAGCUGUCUGAUGAUUCUAAGAAGGAUUCUUCUGCAGACAAAGAUGUUGUUCAGGUUGGCAACAGUGCUACAAAGACUUUGAGUGAAGACAAGAAACCAUUGACAAGCAGUAUAUUUGGCUCAUCUACUGGUAGUGCUACAACAGCAACAUUUAGCUUUGGUUCAUUUGCAUCGUCAUCAUCAGGCGUUAGUUCUCAGAGCCCAUCAUCAUCGUUUUGUUUCGGUUCAGCAACAUCAUCAAAUACCACCAAUCCUCCUCCAGCAACAUUUAGUUUCGGCAGUGGCAACUCCACCUCACCUUCAGCAGGUUUCUCAUUUGGUGCAGGGAAACAACCCUUCACAUUUUCAAAUGUGGCUAGUACCAACACAACAGAAAAAAAAGAUGACAACGAGGAUGCUGAAGAGGACACUCCACCCAAGCCUGAUCACAAGCCAGUCAAUGAGGAAGGUGCCACUUACAAAAAAAGGUGCAAAGUGUUCUUCAAGCAAAAUAACACCUAUUCUGAAGGUCAAAUUGGGAAUCUCUUUUUGAAACCAGUUGAUGGGGGCAAGACCCAACUUAUUGCUCGCGCGGAUACAAGUCUUGGAAGAGUCCUUUUAAAUUUCAUUGUAGGGUCAAGUUUGCCUAUUCAGAGAAUUGGUACCAACAAUGUUGCUGUUGUCUGCAUUCCAACUCCUGAAAGCAAACCACCACCAGUGACUGUGCUGCUAAGAGUGAAGACUAGUGAUGAUGCUGAUGAACUUUUCAAAACACUUGAACAGCAUAAAAAUAAAGCUUGAAAGUUAGUAGAUUUAUAGUUCAGCCCCUGCAUUGACUGAAUUGGUGAUGUAUACCCUAACAACAUAAUUUAUCUGGUAUAAUUUUUUGAUUACAUUUCUGGCUGUUUAUUACUUACUUAAAUGGUUCUUGUAAAAUGCUUAUACACAAGCUACCUAUGCAUUCUUAGUUCUGUUAGAUAAGUGUAUAGGUAGUGCAUCUCCAUUAAUUUCUGUCUUCAUUUUAAGUGUGUUUUUCUUCCUCCUUUUUUUUUGUUAGUUUUGACUAGUGGUAAAUCAUUGUUACCAUUGCCCUUGGCCAUCAUUUUAAUAUGAAGAUGCUGGUGACCUUCAAGGUUUUGGAGACAUUUAAAUCCUUGCAAUGAAUUUGUUAAUUGGUAAAAUUCUCAUUUUGAAUAACUUUUAGACUGAAAGAGACUUUUGCUGUUCUUUUGAAUCUUUUUUCUUUACUGUUGUUUCUUGACACAUCUCUGUGAUUAAUUAGCUCUAUGGAAUUUUUAAUAUUUUAAAAAGUGCAGCAGACAAGUAUUGUGAAUAAAAACUCCAUCUUACACUCACCUUCUGAA